GUUCUGUGUCAUUCAAUUCAUGUGGGAAUUGGGAAAUACUGUCAUUCGUUCAUCAACCCUGAUUCACUGGUUGCAUAUGUUUUUAUUUUGACGAGAAACUCCAAAAAUUUCCCAACAAAUAAUAAUAGUUCGUAAAAAUGGCUAUGGUAAAAAUUCCAGAACAAAAAGUCAUCCUAUGUGGAGAAUAUGGUGUUGGAAAGAGUUCUAUAUUCAGAAGAUUCACUAACAACACAUUUGUUACAGCUACUGAUAGAAGAAGUACACUUGGUUUAGAUAAUUUCGACAAAGUAUAUAGUAUAGGUGAUAAAGAUAUCAAGCUUCAGUUAUGGGAUACUGGAGGCAUGGAAAGGGUGGCUUCAAUUACUUCUAGUUAUUAUAAGUUUUCAGAGGCUGCUAUUUUAGUCUUUUCGUUAGAUAAUCCUUCAUCUUUUCAUACUCUUUCUCAGCAUUUAUUGGAUAUUGUCACAUAUGCAGAGACAGCCAAGAUAUUUUUGUGUGGAAACAAAUCCGACUUAGUUGGAGAGCCACCUCAAAUUACUGAAGCUGAAAUUGAAUCAUUUUGCGAACAAUGUCAAAGUUUAAUAACAAAUACUUACCAGAUAUCCUGUAAGACUAAUGAAGGAGUAGAGGAGAUGUUUACUGAUAUUGCUUUUCAACUUGUUAACAGUAAUAGAGCACGCUUAGAAUUGCAGUCAAUGGAAAAACAUGGCUUUAAAAUAACGCAGUCCAUGGAAGAGCUUUCUGAUGAAAGCUGUUUAUGUUAAAUCAACUUUAUUUCCAAUCAUAUUGUUGUAGACUAGUCAUUGAAGUAUGGUAUAAAGCUAGGAAUACAUGGAGCUCAUAUUUUGUAAUAUAAAAAUUCACUCAAUUGAGAUCUGGUAAUUAUAAACAUAAUAAAGAUUUAAUUUGAGUUUGUUUAAUAAACAUUAUUUGUGAGAUAACAUUACAUAUAAAGAAUACUCUGCUGUUAUACUUAGCAUUAAAAAUUUAAUAU